GAUAUUUCGUCAGUCCGUCAGACAGAGCGACAGGGUCGGGUGGGUCGAAAAGUGAGCCGCGGGCGAGUGACGAAGCCCAGUGGUUACGAGAUCAGAUCUGAUGCAGUGUUAGCCUUGGACGUUUCCAUUUCCCAUCGAUCUCUCACGAUACACUAGUCGGUCGGUUGAGUGCGCAUUCGCAGUACAAAAGAGACUUGUGAUAUUUUUCUAGUAUAUAAGUUCCGGGACGGAACGCUUUAAUUUUUCGUAUUAAAAAGUGUACAAUAUAAGUAAAAAUUUGGAAAACAUGGAGAUAUUGCCGGUCACGAAUCAGUUUAGCGGAGUGUUCAACAGUGAAAAAGCUUGGAAUGGGCCGACAUGGCGGGACGCGCCGAUGCCGGUACCGACGGAGGCGGCGCUGGCUCAGAGGCUUGAGCGCGAGCUUCGAGCGGCCAAGGGAGCCAGCGAACUCGCCGCCGCCGAGGUGCUGGUCCCCGCCGAACUUUUGGCGAGGGCGGCGCGGCAGUUACUAGCCUUAGCCGAAGGCGAACCUUGCGGGUCCCGAGGUGCGGCGGUCAUCGUGGACGUAGCCGGCAGAAGGCUGGCGGCGUUCAAGAUCGACCCCAACAUGCUGACCACGCACGAAAUACAUCUGCAUCUGGAACAUGAUGCGACGAACUGGACUAGCCUGUUGCCGCAAUUUUUAAAAAAUUUAACGCGAGGCGGCACCAUUAUAAUCAGCCCCCAGUUCACGAUAGAAAAACAAAAGCUCUUCCGAAGCGAAGCGGAGUGAACCCGCGAUGCGAGUCGACUGACUGCCCUCCUCGAUCUACGUAUCGUUAUUUUAACAAAUAUCAAUAUUAUUAUAUGUAUAUUAAUUAUUAUAUAUUUUUAAUAAGAGAAAAAAAAAGCACAGCGUGAUAUGUAAUGUAUAGUUGUAGUGUAAGCGAACGGGUAGGCGCAGAGUUGUAAAGAGUUUGUUACGUCCUCCUGAAUUCAGUAACUGAAUCCAGGAAGGUGUAGAAAGCUCUUAAGGCGCGGCGGGGCGAGCGAGCGGCGCGGCCGGCCGGCGCGCCGGUCGGCGUGAGCCGCUCGCCCGCGUCGGCGCGCCCGUCCCACCGCUGCCGCCGCCCGUAUCUCCGUGUGUAGACGCCAGGCGCGGCGCGCGCCCGAUCUCAGCCUGCCGCGCGUGUGAUACAGAAUGCCCUGAACGAUUUAGUCUUAGGUAUUAUUUUUUGUUUCGAGUUCGAUUCUAUUCUGAAGUUGUAGGAUUCGUGUAUCGUAUUUAUUAGAGGCGAUCUCCGAGGAGGUCAGAUAUGUGUACGUUUUUCGUAAUGGUACUAGUUCGUACAUUUGUUUGUGAUACUACUUUUGUAAUGUAUAAAAUUUAAAGAGAAAAAGAUACUAUUAUGAAUGAGAGCACGCAUGCAGAUAAUAAUGUUAGAGGUGUAUUAUAGUGCCGAGAGUGAACGGAGGCAAUGAGAGAGCCAGCGGGAGGCGGCGUGCGCGCGAUGGUCCAUCUUAUCCCGCCAUGUGGGGCAAAAUGGAGCCAGCGCGCGGGCCGCUGCCCCGCUAAUAUAUUGCAAAGAUCUCACGUUAUAUUAUAGUUAUUAUUAAAAGUAUUAAGUUAUUUAAGUUAAUAUAAAAGAUUGUAAUUUUUUGUAAGUUUGUUUUGUACCGCCGAGCACGCUCUGGUGGUUUGACAAAAGGCAGACGAUGCAUUUUCUUCAUCCAGUGUAAUUACUACAUAUAAUGUAAAUCAAUAGCCUAACCGUUUUAAAAGGAAAUCUAAAUGUUUGUAGGGUCCAGUGUUAACGCACAAUACUUAUCAUAGAAAUAGAAUCACUUUCAACAAUAAAACAUUUUUAAUGCUACAAAAACAUUUUACUUCUAAACUUGAAAUGUCGACAUAUACAAAACUAACAAUAAUAAUAAAUGUAUCAAUUGUUUAUAAUUGAUAUUUAUUUGAUAGACCGUAAAAGAAAAUGUAGAAAUUAUUGAAAAGAAAAUACAUAGUUUCAAUAAUGGAAAAAAAACAA